AUGGCCUGUAGUGUGCGCGAUCGGUUCCUGUCGCGAACUAUCGGUGCAGCAACGAGGAUUGGUGUACGGUUACUACGUGGCAUGGAGCAGGACGUUCUAGCGAGAAUGUCACUGGCGGAUGAGUUGCUGGCCGACUUGGAGGAGGAUGAGGAGGUGGUGGAGGAGAACGAGCAGGACGGAGUGGAAGGCCUGGAGGAGGUCGAUGAGCAGCUACCGAAUAUGAAUCUCUACGAUCGGGUCGGCUCUGUCGCCAAAUUAUCCAAUACGCAAAGCUAUAAGGAUUUGAUCAAGAAAAUGGAGGAGCAGCUGGAGUUGAAAGAAAUCCCACCGGUCAGCAAACCUCUGGAAACCGAUCCGCAGUAUAGACUGAUCGUCGAGCUUUCUGGACUGGCGGCAGAAGUGGACCAAGAAUUGAAUGUUAUUCAUAAAUUUGUGCGUGACAAAUACGAUAAACGAUUUCCCGAAUUGGAAUCACUGGUCCCAAAUGCUUUGGAAUAUAUCGCUACUGUAAAACUGCUUGGCAAUGAUAUUUCAACAAAAGGCCAAAAUAAGCAAAUUCUGAGUGAAAUCUUGGCACCGGCGACUUGUAUUGUAGUUAGCGUGACAGCUUCUACAACGCAAGGGAAAGCGUUGGAGCCGGACGAGUUGGCAGCAGUCCAAGAAGCAUGCGAUAUGGCCGAGAAGCUGCACACCGAUCGCCUGAACAUGUAUCAGCUAGUUGAGUCACGAAUGUCACUGAUUGCACCAAAUCUUUGCGAAAUUUUGGGAGCGGGAACAGCAGCUAUGAUUGUUGCCAAAGCUGGAGGACUUGCCCCUUUGGCGCGCCUUCCUGCUUGCAAUGUAUUGAUACUUGGCGCACAGAAGAAAACUUUGAGCGGAUUCAGUUCAACGGCGGUAUUGCCGCACGCUGCUCGAUUACUGGCGGCGAAAACAACACUGGCUGCUCGUGUCGAUUUCAUACACGAAUCAUCGGAUGGCGCAAUUGGGAAAAAUUUAUUCGAACAGAUCAAGCAAAAAAUAGAAAAAAUGUUGGAGCCUCCACCAGUUAAAGCUGCAAAACCCCUGCCAAAACCCUUGGAUAAGGCCAGCAAGAAACGAGGAGGACGGCGGGUACGAAAAAUGAAAGAACGAUUGGGCAUGACUGAACUGCGGCGAAAAUCGAAUCGAAUGAAUUUCGGUGAACUAAGCGAAGAUGUGAUACAGGAAAACAUGGGAUUCUCACUUGGUCAAGCACUCAGCGGCCCGUCUUCGGGAGGCCGCAUUAGGAACGCGACAGUCGACCCAAAAACAAGAGCCAGGAUGUCGCAAAAACUUCAAAAAACAAUGGAACGCCAGAGAGCAAUGGGUGGUGUGACUUCGGUUCGAUCACGUGCAGCCGGCACAGCUUCCAGUGUUACCUUCACUCCUGUACAGGGCCUGGAAAUAGUGAAUCCGAUGGUGAAGCCCGAGCGUGUCGGAUCCUCUUCAACAACAUAUUUUUCAUCAUCCGCUGCUUUUGUCAAAGUUCGAACUCCAGUGCAGCGAGCCUAA